GCCUUGUGCAAGCGGUAGCGUUCACAUCGCGACUAGGAAAAUUAGGACGGUAUCUCCUUCAUAGUGUGUUAUGGUGAAGUCUGAGUUAGACUUUUAAAUUCCUAAAUCUUAUCUCAGUGUGCAUAUGGUAACUUAGUCUCUCGAGGGUGCUUGUGAUUGUUUCGGCUUGUUCAUUAGAUGUGUACGUUGCUCGAAAGUGUUAUGUGAUUUUGUUGGAGCAGUAAAAUUAGUGACAUUGAGUAAAAUUUCAAAUUCUAAUAACAGUUAUAGUGUCAUAGUCUACAAAACAAGUACAUCGUGCUGUUGGGAGAAAACUGACGUGUAAAUUUAUCUAUAUCGUUUAUAAACAAAUACGCCAGCAAGUGGGGGAAAAUUGUCGUUUUGAAGUGUGCACUAAAUUUGCGUGGGCUUUAUGCAAGUGUGUUUCAAGGUGACUUGUUUCAAGAAUAAGAAAGUACAAUUAACGAGCCAACUUUUCCUGUGCUUAUUUGUGUUUUCUGGCGGAAAAUUUUUAACACGCCAAGUUCAAGCUCAGAACAUUGAAGCACGUGAAGGUGUAGCGAAACAAGUUUAAACUUUUCCUGUAUUUAAAGUUGAGUGCUGGUAAUUGCUGAUCGUCAACGUUUGUUGAGAAUUUAGAAUCAUUGAAGGAGAAAUUGUGUUGCAUGGAGCAGGAUUAUUUAACAGACUGACGUAACAUAUGCACCAAGAACCCAAAUUUUAUCGCGAUAGCCAAUCGAAGCACCAUCGAGCUCCACAUUGACACUAAAUGUCAUCGGUGGUUACGGAAAAGUGUCGCCCCUUCGUAGCAAUAGCAGCAGUGUCACACUGGCUUUCCUACCCGGACCCAACCCAGUCCACAUCCUCGACAGUUGUGAGUGUCAUCGGCGGGUAAUUAAAAGUGAUUGAAGCGAGAAUUGUGUGAAGUGUCGUUCUGAAGUAAAGUGUGCGAUCGGUGACAGGAAGUCGGGGAAAUUGUGAGUGCUGCUUUCGUGGGUGAUAAGUGUUGACAGUGGCGGUGGGUGGUUUCGCGUGGGUUGUUUCCAAAGUGAAGGUGUUUCAAAAUGAUGUCGCAACACUUGAACUCGAUGCUGGAGCAUCUGAAAAUGGGCUCACUAAUGAACAAGAGCCGCAGCAAUAAUAGCAAUAAUGCCGGUGGCGUCGGCAAUGGAAGUGUCGCGAAUCACAUCGGUAACGGGUUGAAUAAUAACAACAACGGAACGAUAGGCACCAAUAAUAAUAACAUCGACAGUGUGAAAUCUCCCGUUAACACCGACCCGGUCAGUGACGGUCAAACAAUGUACCACGAGCACCGUUCGGAAACGGUCAAGACAGUGAUUGGUUCAAAAGCCACCGCCUCUACAGCCGCGGCCGAUCGGGUGGCCAAUAAUCAACCGAACAAAUCAAAUAACACCAUACUCCAGGAGGGGCUUGCCCAUGCGGGCUCCAAGUUCGACCCGGUUCGCAAACGGUACAGUGUCUCGGUGCACGGUCAGCAUAAUCACCAUGCUGGGAGCAGUGGAGUUGGCGGCGGGGGAGCUGUGAACAACACUGUAAACGGCGAUGCUAUCAGACCGGGCAGUUAUCGUGAGCUAUCGCCCCAGUCGUUGCGGAUACACCGGAAGUCCUCGCAUGACAUUCGCAUCCUGGGAGCGGACGGGGAAAUGCUACACAGUCACGAUGGGAAGCUGCUGGCCGUGGUGAAACCCAUGAAGCUCAAAUGCAUAAGUACCAAGGCCGAAUCGUACGAUACACUGCACAGCCGGGCUGCUGAUGUGUUACACUGCACCAGAGAACUUUGCACGGGUAGUGUGAUGUUACCCAAUAUCACGGGAACCGAACCGAGGAAACCGGAUAUCGUACUACAACAUGCCAAGGAUUUUCUGGACCAGUACUAUUCUUCCAUCAGAAGACUGAAAUCCCCCGCCCACGAAGCACGCUGGCAGCAGGUGCAGAAGGAAGUGGAAUCGAAAGGUUCGUACAAUCUGUCCGAGACGGAGCUGAUCUACGGAGCCAAGCUGGCCUGGCGCAACUCGUCGCGGUGCAUCGGCCGGAUACAGUGGUCCAAGCUGCAGGUUUUCGACUGCCGGUACGUAACGACCACCAGUGGAAUGUUCGAAGCAAUUUGCAAUCACAUCAAGUACGCCACCAAUAAGGGAAACCUGAGAUCGGCAAUAACAAUUUUCCCACAACGAACCGACGGCAAGCAUGACUACCGCGUUUGGAACGCUCAGCUCAUCUCGUACGCCGGCUACAAGGGCCAAGAUGGCAAAAUUGUUGGAGAUCCCAUCAAUGUCGAGUUUACCGAUUUCUGCAUAAAACUGGGCUGGAAGAGCAAGCGAACCGAGUGGGAUAUACUGCCACUUGUUCUGUCUGCCAACGGUCACGAUCCUGACUACUUUGACCUACCGCCGGAGUUGAUUCUGGAGGUCCCCUUCAGCCAUCCCCAGUUCAAGUGGUUCGCAGAACUGGAGCUUCGGUGGUACGCUGUGCCGGCCGUUUCAGGAAUGCUGUUCGAUUGCGGUGGAAUCCAAUUUACUGCUACGGCUUUUAGCGGCUGGUACAUGUCGACGGAGAUUGGCUGCCGGGAUUUGUGCGAUGUGAAUCGAAGGAAUUUGUUGGAGCCUAUCGCGGUGAAAAUGGGCCUGGACACACGAAAUCCUACCUCGCUGUGGAAGGACAAGGCACUGGUGGAGAUCAACAUCGCAGUCCUGCAUUCGUUCCAGAGUCGCAACAUUACCAUCGUCGACCACCAUACGGCAAGCGAGAGUUUUAUGAAGCACCACGAAAACGAAACUAAACUGAGAAAUGGCUGCCCGGCGGACUGGGUCUGGAUCGUUCCGCCAAUGUCAUCAUCCGUGACCCCGGUGUACCAUCAGGAAAUGGCACUCUACUAUCUGCGGCCGUCGUUCGAGUACCAGGAAUCAGCCAUUAAAACGCACAUUUGGAAAAAAGGACGCGAUUCUUCGAAGAACAAGAAACCAAGAAGGAAGUUCAACUUCAAACAAAUUGCUAGGGCUGUCAAAUUUACAUCCAAAUUGUUUGGACGCGCGUUAUCACGGCGGAUCAAGGCGACGGUGCUGUAUGCAACGGAAACCGGACGCUCGGAGCAGUAUGCAAAGCAGCUCGUGGAGCUGCUAGGACAUGCUUUCAACGCACAGAUCUACUGCAUGUCGGAUUACGACAUCUCAUCGAUAGAGCACGAAGCCCUGCUCCUGGUCGUUGCAUCCACUUUCGGCAACGGGGACCCACCGGAAAACGGCGAGUUAUUCGCCCAGGACCUGUACGCCAUGAAGCUUCACGAGGGCGGAAAUCAUCAGGUACACAACGAGUUGAGCAUCGCCGCCUCGUCCAAAUCGUUCAUCAAAGCGAACUCGAGAAGCGAUAUGAACAAAAAUGCCCAGGGCCACCGAAAGAUUGACCGGCUCGAUUCGCUGAGAGGUUCCACGUCGGACACUGUGACGGAGGAGACGUUCGGUCCACUUUCCAACGUACGGUUUGCCGUGUUUGCUCUGGGAUCGUCCGCUUAUCCGAACUUUUGUGCAUACGGGAAGUACAUCGACAACAUUCUGGGUGAGCUGGGUGGCGAGCGCUUGAUGAGGAUGGCCACGGGAGAUGAAAUAUGCGGACAGGAGCAGGCGUUCCGAAAAUGGGCACCCGAAGUGUUUAAGAUCGCAUGCGAAACAUUCUGCCUGGACCCGGAGGAGACGUUGGCCGAUGCGAAUUUUGUCCUUCAAGGAGAACUUUCCGAAAAUACGGUUCGAUUUGCGCCGAUCACCGAGUACGAACCGUUGGACCGUGCCCUCUCCAAGUUCCACAACAAGAAAGCGUCAGAGUGUAGCUUGCGACGGAAAGCGAUUAGCUUACACAAGGGAUCACAGGGCAGCGAACGUUCAACUAUCCUUGUUGAAAUAAUUGCCGAGGGGAUGGAUUAUGAGCCGGGCGAUCACGUGGGAAUUUUUCCCGCUAACAGGGCAGAAAUUGUCGAUGGAAUCAUACAACGACUAUCUGGCGUCACUGAUCCUGACGAAAUGCUGCAGCUACAAGUUCUCAAAGAAAAACAAACCCAAAAUGGGGUAUACAAAUCGUGGGAACCGCACGAGCGUAUUCCGGUAUGUUCACUCCGGACGCUUUUGACUAGGUUUUUAGACAUCACGACACCACCUUCGAGGCAGCUACUAACCUUCCUAGCUUCGUACUGCGAAGACAAAGAAGACGAGGAACGACUCUCAAUGUUGGCAAAUGAAUCUUCCGUUUAUGAAGACUGGCGUUACUGGAAGCUACCCCACCUUUUGGAAGUUCUUGAAGAAUUCCCCUCAUGUAAACCUCCUGCUACAGUCCUAGUAGCGCAACUCAACGCCCUUCAACCGCGCUUCUAUUCAAUUUCAUCUUCACCGCGAAAGUAUUCCAACGAAAUUCAUCUCACAGUUGCCAUUGUGACCUACAGGGCCGAAGACGGAGAAGGGGCCGAACAUUACGGCGUUUGCUCCAACUAUCUGGCCAACCUGGAUGAGACCGCUAAGCUGUAUCUGUUCGUAAGGAGUGCCUCUUCUUUCCACAUGUCCAAGGAUCCGGACAGACCGGUGAUUCUGAUUGGACCUGGUACCGGUAUAGCGCCGUUCCGAUCGUUCUGGCAGGAAUGGAGUACUGUGAAAGCGGAACUUCCGGAUACUAAGAUUCCAAAGGUAUGGCUUUUCUUUGGGUGCCGAACGAAAAAAGUGGAUCUGUACAGCGACGAAAAGCAAGAAAUGUUACAAACUGGAAUUCUGGACCGCGUUUUCUUAGCCCUAUCCCGAGAAGAAAAUGUACCUAAGACCUACGUGCAAGAUUUGGCCCUCAAGGAAUCGGAUUCCAUUUUCGACCUCAUCUGGAACGAAAAGGCACACAUUUACGUAUGCGGCGAUGUCACGAUGGCCGAACACGUGUACCAGACACUGCGGAAAAUUCUCGCUACCAAGCUGACCAAAACCGAGUCCGAGAUGGAAAAAUACAUGCUGUCACUGCGGGACGAGAAUCGUUACCACGAGGACAUCUUCGGUAUCACACUGCGCACGGCUGAAGUACACAACAAAUCGCGGGCGACUGCCCGGAUUCGAAUGGCUUCACAACCUUCCUAAUUUGCGAUCCUGUAAUAGCUUCUCAUCAGCCUAAUCAUUAAAAGAAAGCACCAAUUGUUCUUAUCUGUAGCAAAGAUAACUUAACUGUUACCUAUAUUGUGUUGUUAUUUCUUCAUUAUAUAGUAUUAUCACUAGAAUAAGAGAACCAGUAAUAUUCCUGGAACUGAACAUUUAAUGAUGUAUCAGAACCACCCUAAAUACACAGUCAGACGCACAGAAGCAUCCAGUAAGUUCAGCCGGAAAAUGAGGUUCGUUUUCCAGCUGAAUUGCGGGCAGUGGAAAAACAAUUUUUGUUAAUAACAUCUAGUUGUACGUGCAAGAAUCGAAAAUCAAAUCAUAAAAUAUAGCUUUUCCAUCUGAAUUUCUAAUCUCUAAGUGUUUCGUUUUGUCUAUCAGAGUUUAUACAACACCAAAUGGAAUGUGAAUCGUUGUUGAUGGUUGAUUAGAAUUGUAGGAGCAACUGGCUGCUCAUGUCGGCAAAACAAAGCGAAUGACCUACUAGUGACGGUCGUUGCAUUUGACAAGCGAUGGAAGCUUUUACAAAUCUUCUGUUUAUUAUGAAACAUCAAUGAUUGGAUAUACAUUGAAAGGAAGAAUCAUCAAUUCCACACGGACAACAUCCAGAAUGCAAUCAAGCGACAUCAAUAUUGAAAUCUGUGCGAUGCCUCCUUCCAUUAUUCCGCUCCUAAAGCUCAAUUAAUCAUUAUUGCUGUACAACUCGUUCUUCGAGUUUAUUUACCUCCGCACUGUGAGUCGCUUCAAAAAGAAGCCAGUCCUACUACACACCUGUCAACUAGUAGCUGAUGAGCAAACAAUACACUUUUAAAUCAUCCCAUCGAUAGUCACGCACCCGACUGGACGAAAAUUUUUGCUUGGUACCUACUCUAGAACCGAGUUGAUGGCCACAUCCUGGAGGGAAGUGUCACUCGGGACAAACAAUGAAUAAUGAAUGGAUUCUGGAUGUUCUAUGGGGCUGAUGCCAAAUGGGUUGAUAUCCACAGUUGUUGUUUAGAACUGGCAAAGAAAAGCAAAGAAUUAUUUGUUGGUCUAUCGGCCUGAACAUCCGUUCGAAUAUUUAUAUGAUGCUUCGAUGGCAGUUCAUGUGAGCUACACAGCCUUAUUCUUCAUUACGACCAGGGUCGCAUUAAGGGAGAUCCUAAGUGGCGCCACUCCCAGUGUCGAUUACAUAAAUGACUCAUUGCAAUAAAAUGUAUGUAGCAGCAAAGAUUAUCGAACACUGGGAUUUUAUUAGAAUUGUCAACCGGACAAUUUCGUAAAUUCGGUCCUGAUUGCAACGGAUUCAGUCAUCGAACGAAUGCAGUUCGAUCAAAUCUAACUCUCAUUUGAUUUUGCGGUAGUUGUUUAACACGAAAAUCAGAUUCGAUUUCGAAAGUCAUCUGUCGUACUGAUGCUCUUGGCAGAACUUUUAGAUUAUUGUGAGAGAAGAAUGAAUAUGACCCAGAUCGAGAGGAGCUGCCCAAGAGUACCAUUUGUCCUCCAACAGUCACGCAAGGGCACUGAGUGCACACCACUUUGAAAAUCCAGCGAAAGCAGGUGUAGCGAUUGCUCGUUGUUCAGUGAAUCAUUUAGGCGACUUUCGGAGGGUUAACGAAACAGUGAAAUGCAAUUUAAUAGUAGCCAAUCGAAUACAAUAUAAUUGUGAGCUGCUAAAGAAACUUAUUUUUUUUUUAAUAUUGAUUUAGCAAGCAAUACAAAUUUCUAAACAAUAUUAGCUAAUGGUGGUGCUCGGAUAUAGUGACAAGAAAUUAACACCGUGUUUUUCAAGCCAAAAAAUGUAUUUUCCAAAAUAUCCCAGUCAAUCCAACGAAUCCUAGUAUGACAGUGCAUACUUGAGAUGUAACUUUCAUUAAAUGGGUUCCAUUGCACUAGAGUAAAAUAACUUGAAGCUCUAACACUUUCCAGGAUGUUCCAUUUCCACGACAAACCCAUCAAAUGCAUCUAAAUAAAAUAGAUUCAGUAUUAUGGCUCAGAACAGGUAAAGCGAAAAGCACAAAGAAUUCAUCAGAACCAAGGAAUGCAUAGCUUAUCAAAAACACUAUUACAUCUUUCUAGAUUUAAACAAAGUAGUUAUAAUGUAUUUUGAGCUAGCCUCAAACAAAUGUAUUUUCGGAAAAAAAAUCUGAAAACAAGAACAGAAAAAUCAUUAUUCAACUCGAGAAAGAAUUCUACCGUUAUGCCAAAACCAACACGAACCUGUUUGCAAUAUGGUGAAAAGCAACAAAACAAACAAAAAAUAAUCGAAGAGACUUCAAAGAAUCUAGAUGUGAACAACUAUUUUCGACUAUUUAUACUCGUAGUUGAAUUGGAUAAGUCCUUUUUAAACAGUUAACUUCAUUCAAAAAUCACAACUAUAUAAAUACAAUUAAUUCCAUAAGCGUAAUCAAUUGUAAAUAAAAACAAAGGUAUUACUGCAAUAUUACAGAUUUACAAAAGUUCAUCUUACAUAUAUUGCGUUGGAACGCAACAAAUAAACUUUUAAUCCUAUUCUCACAAUUCUU